AUGGACCACAAGACCAUCUGGCUCGGGGAGGAAGUUAUCCGUCAAGGCUUGACCGAUGUUGGCACGGUCAAGCUCCAGAGCCAUGAACAUGAUGCAGGCCCAGACCAUGAUGCGCCAAUCGAUCUUCCGGAUCAGUUUGUUUUCUUCCCCCCAGGUCCAUCUUGCGAGGGGAUCGAAGCGGUGGGUGUUUUCCCUGAACAAUAA